AUGUCCAGUCCAACGGCCUCAACGCGAUUUCUCGUGAUUUCUGAUACGCAUAACUUCCAAUUCAAAGACGCCAUCCGGGUGAGGGGGUCUUUCCUUUCACCGGUCCCCAAGUGUGACGUUCUUCUCCAUUGUGGAGAUCUUACAAUGAUGGGCGGCGUCCCAAAAUACAAAGAGCUGCUCGAGAUGUUGAAGGAAAUCCCAGCGGAACUCAAACUCGUCAUAGCUGGAAACCACGAUCUUGAUCUUGAUGGAGCAUGGUGGAGGAGCCACCCGGAUAGAGCUAAAUCACCCGCUCAGCACGAACAAGCAGUAGAACUUAUGACAGGACCACUGGCAAAGGAGGCCGGAGUCACGUAUCUCGAAGAAGGGAUCCACUCCUUCACUCUCCAGAACGGCGCAAAACUCACAGUAUAUGCUUCUCCCUGGCAGCCUGAAUUUUGCGACUGGGCUUUCAAUUACGAUCGCGAUCAAGAUCGCUAUAAUACUUUGGAACAUGUUGCACCGGGAGUUACCUCGGUGGCGGAGAAUCCUAUCCCUGAUUUCGGCACUGUCGAUGUUAUCAUGACACAUGGUCCGCCGAAAGAUAUUCACGACUGGACUGCUCACGGCGGUGCUGGAUGCGACAAUAUCUUACGAGCCGUCAGCCGAGCUCGACCCCGUCUUCACUGCUUCGGACACAUCCACGAGGGCUAUGGAGCCAGCCUGGUCACAUGGAACGCGGACAAGAAAAGUAUUGGAGCUAAUGCUAUCCUCGAUAAAACCGAACAGGAGAAUUCUUACCCGGAGCCAAGCAAAUUUCCGGUUACGUUUGGAAAGGAGACUCUCUUCAUCAAUGCCGCGAUUAUGGAUGUCCGUUACAGACCAGUGAACGCGCCUUGGCUGGUAGACUUGGAUCUUCCCAAGGUUAUGGCAUAG